AUGACACUUGUGGAUGGCUACAUCAGCAUUGUUGUGCUGUCGGUCGGUGUUUUUCUGUGUGGAAAGGGCGAAGAGCGUGGUCUCGACAAAGUGGUUGAGGCGUUCAUUGGCGAUCGCCUGCAGUCGCCCAACGCUGUGUACCGUGGCAAGGUGAUGAAGUAUUUCGUGCAGCUGGCACCGGCGCAGGCCACGCUCAUCAUUCCACUGGAUGCCGUCUACAUUGUUCCGUACGAACUAGCAGCGUACAUGUUUGAUGAAAUGCUUCCUGCAAUUAAGCACGUGGCAGAUAUUGAUGUACGUUCAUGUGUGCGGUACUUGGAGACGUUGCAGGCCGGCACAGAGGCCUUUCCGAAUGAUAAGGCCAGAAUUGCACUGGGAACAAGAGGAACAACAGCAGCAGCAGCAGCAGAAGGAGGAGGAGGAGGAGGCAUGACAGCAACGGGGGGCUUGCAGAUGUACAGUGCGGAGAUGGUGGUUCGAGACUACGAGGAGCCGUUCAUAUCGGAGACGGCGCACAUUCUUCAGGCACUCACUGUUUGCCUCGAGAACCUCCCGUCCGAGGUCCUGGACCCUGACAUGGACUCCGACUGCGCCGUAACGUUCUUCAUCUUCAAGAACUGCGUCACACACAUGCGGUCUGUAUUCCAGACACAGCGGCCGAAUACGUUGUGGGAACCCUACACGCUAAAAAUCGUGACACGAUUUCUGGACGCGUUGGCGAUGAUUGGGCGAAACCCGCAAUACACGGAGCGUGUGGUCGCGCUCUUCAGUGAAAUGCAGGUGGAAUGCACGGAAUUGCAGUGGUCCUCGCUCAUUGGACAGGCGCAGGAGUGCGCUGGUGUGAACGGUGGGGUGGGGUCACUGCUUUCGAUGGAAGUUGGUGGUGCCAGCACAGUUCUGAAGAAGCCGUCUGGCGGCAACGUCUCACGUCAUCGUCAGUUCACGCCGGAAUACCUGCUGGCAAAGCAGCAAGCAUACGUUGCUAGCGUAUUCGUGCUCCUGCGCCAGAUAGCCACGCACCCACCGCUGCGCGAUCAAGUGCGAAACUACGUGACACUCAGUCUUGCCCUCGAGUUUCUGUACGCGCCGCGUCUGUCACAGGUAGUGCUGGGGAAGGUGCUCUCGCUCAUCGGUUCACUCAUCACCAAUCACGAAGAGGCGGAACGUGUGUGGACGUUCAUCGAAGAGAAUCAUCUGCUUCACCCCACCACCGACGCUGCUGCUGUUGCGCAGGGGCAACCGAGCAGGCGAGUGGACAGCAGCAGACGUGGCAGUGCCAGCGAGAACAGCGAUGAGACUGCCGUUACGGUGGAGGCGCGGUCGCUACUCGGGCACUGCCAGUAUGAGUGCCAUCACGCAACUUACAGCAUCACCAUUGGGUUUCUGGAUCUUAUGAUUGCAAUGUUCAAGCACCACGUGGCAGAGAUGGCGCAUGUUCCAACGUACACGAUGGUAAUACGCUUUAUUGCAGAAGAAAUCUUCCGAGGCGUUCUUCGGCGAUUCUUUUCAUCUGUCCAUGAACGCUACACUGUGGCUGCGCUUGCCGCAGCCGCGCUGAACCGUGCGCUCUCGUUGCGUCUCAUGCUGACGGCGAACACAAGUAUGGUGCCAUUCACGGUGGUGAUGGCGUGCUCCAAGGCGCCAGCAGAUGUGUUGGGUGAGGCACUGCAGAUAAUCUCUGAAGCUUCAGGAGCUCCGAAUGAACUACUUAACUACCAGCGCGCCGCUGUGCGUCAGUGUCUGGCGCUGUUGAAGACAGCAAUAGUGGUGAAGAGGGAGCAGGGACUAGACAGCCUCUUCACUUUUGAUGCCAGAACGGCAAGCAACACAGAGCUCGCCGUCCAUCUGCUGCCAUUGAGUGCGACCGUUGACAGCCUUUUGGCCAAAAAGGCGCUGCAGCUUCUCCUGUUGCUCCCUCAGCCCACUGUGAGUCAAGCCGCGCGGCACUGGUUCAGUCGCCCCGACGCACAGGAGGCGGUGAUCACGCCNUUUGUGGCGGCGCUGCGUGUAGAGGCGGUGAACGGCCCCAUCAUUCACGUCCCGCCUGCACUUGCAGACCUUGACCAUGACGAGAUGCAGUUCUUUCUGCCCCACGCCGAGGUGGAGACUAAGUCACUUAUCAUGGACCUCCUUAUACAGCACGCGCGGGCCCCGCAGACCUCCAUCACCUCGUGGUUGUGCGGUUACCCGUUGUACGGCUCCUCAGCAGAGUUGUUGCCUGGCUAUUGUCUCGAGCCUGUCAUUGCAGGUGCCAACAACAGGGAGGUGGAGGAAACUCACCCGCACAUUGCGGUAAAGUAUGUGAAGCUCUUGUGCCUUCUCCGCGCCAACCCGUCCCUCAGCACACCCAGCCUCCAUCGCCUAAUGAAGAGGCGUGGAAACGAUGAAAUGUUUUACGUUCUGCAGACCCUGCGUCCCGAUCAAUGCUCGUCACAGAUCAUGAGCAAAUAUGCGUAUGUGAUGAAACUCCUUGCACUUGAUGUCUUCAGCAUCGGGACAAAUACGGUUGGUGAGCUUGAUGGUCCUUCACCUGUCUUGUCGAACUCCAGUUUGAUCGAACUCCUCUUUAUUCUGCUGCGGGCAGCACCAGAGAUGAUAUUUGGUGUGGAUGAAUACGCUCCGCAAAGCCAACUCGACAACAACAACAACAACAACAGUGCAAGCGUGGCGGCGGACUUUGCGCAGUGGCCGUCAUUGUGUCUCAAGUCCCUUCCGAUGUUUCCGACGAACUGCAUGGCCCCAGGUGGGGCCGAGAGCUACGUGUUCUGUUCCUUUGAUGAGACCCCGCAGUACUCCAUCCCGCUGAUCUACGAGGCACUGCAGAAGGAGAGCCUAAUGAGCAACAAGAGAACUCUAACGGUCGUGGAGCUGAAAGAGCGACUCAGUGUGUUCGUCAAGGCGAAUGAAUGCCUCGCAGCGUAUGCAGGUGGUGUAAGGUUUAUAGACGGCUGGUGUAGCCUCGCAAACAUCUCCGUGACCGUGCAUAAUGGCAUUAGUUAUGAGCGUAUUCUGUACAUGGCGCAGUCUCUUCUGGAGAGCGUGCAACUGACAUCAUCUCUUACUGUUGCAGCGCAGGAGCAAAUUGUGUACCAGCUGAGUCAAACUCUUGCAACACUUAUGGCGCAACUAAAGCGAAAAAUGUCUUUGAACAGCGGUAAUAGCAAAAUCAGUGGUGAAGGCAGCAAAAACCUCGCUGAUGCACGCAGACCUCCUGAUUCAACUGGCGUUAUUGCACAUGGUGGAGAUGAAACUAAAAUAAAUGGCAGUGUGGUUGUACCGUGGCACUCACGGCCAGAAUCGAUAGACAUUCCACAAGCCUCUGCCAUCUCUCAAGCGGCACGUAUGAGUGUAAUGGAUGCCACUGGAAGGACUAGACGCAGCGGUAAGAGAGACUUCACUGGAACUCUUGUUGUGAGUAAACAAGAUGCAGUGGGCAUGGUUGGGCGUUCACUCAUUGCUUCAGAAACCUUGCAGCUACUAAAAUCGUUGUUGGUGACAACAGUGCAGUGGGGUUCACGGGUGCCUUUAGCGCGGCAGCACUUUUAUAACGCCAUCCUGACCUUCCUUGGUAUCCCUGGGGUUUCCGUGGAUGAUAUUACGCUUCAACGCUACCACAGCGCUCUCUUCAGCGCUCUUGUACAAGAUACAGCCACCACAUCCCCUAGCUGUAAUAAGCUUCCGGCCCUUGCUCUAAUCACUCAGCUGCUGCAUUUGUCCCCGCAACUGUGCGAGAUGUUGUGCGUGCCACUGUCCGGUGAUGGCGCUAGUUCAAAUCUUAUGGCGUGUAUUACAAAUGCCUUUCAGGCCAUUGAUGAGUCUAUUUCUACGUUUUUUGGACAUGGAUGCGCCGAUGCAUCUUCCAUUUUGUGGCUUUUACAAGUCGUCUUUGACCUGCUGAUGAUCGUAUCUCAACAGCAUGCUGUCCAGUUGCUGCAAAUCAACGCUUUAUCAAGAUGCAUGGCAAUGAAGGUUUGGAAGACAAGCGCACGAGUUGCGUUGGGGCAUGCUGACAAUAUAACAGACAAUGUGGUAUAUGGAUCCGACAGCAUCGAGGUAUACAAGAAGGUGAUAAAGAACGUCCUGCUUUCAACCAUACGUUGGUUCAAUGCAGUCCUCUCUGCCUUGGACAACUCAGAGGUCGCUCUAAUGCCAAUAGCUGAAUUCGUUCGUGCGAAUCAGUUACUGUUUCAGAACGUACUCAGUUCCCCUUUGUCUGGCUCACACAUGCGGCAUAUUGAUUCACUCACCCUUGAGCUUUUCGGUGAGAUUGGUGGUUUGCUCCUCCGGCUAGCGUGUUCACCGCUUGUGGACGAGUGCCGCACGCUGGUCCACCUCUUUGCACUUCCCGAUCUACUUGCGGUGCUCACGAAGAUUGAUUUCAUCGAGAGCCCCACCUUUGUCGCGGAAUCCGUCACAGCAUCCAUGGCUGCAUCUGUAUCCACUUCAAUAAGCCAAACGGCCUCUCUCCCUUCUGCAAGGCAGCGCCAGCAGAUCGCAAUUGCCCUGCAGAAUAUGCUCCAGUUCCUUGUACGAGUGGAGAAUUUGGUGCCCCUCUAUGCAGCGGGUGGAGAGAGAGCGGCAGCGGAUGUAGAGGGACAAUCGCCACGCCUCUCCAAUGAUGCAAGGAGCAGAAUGCUCAUAUUCAAGGUGACGGAGCAGUUGGUCUCCAUCAUGGAGAGCUUUUACAACAACCAAGUCAUACAGGUGGCGUGCUUUGUGCCCCAUCUCAUCGCACUUCAUUGCCUCGUACUCUUGCUGCACGCAUUUCUGCUCUCUGAUCGGGUGUCAUAUGCGAAGAACAUGCACAGCCAGUGGGCUGCUAUUGUGCACGCCUUGGAGGGGGCACAGCGGGUCGUAAACAUGUGGAAGGCCUUCCAUUCGGACUACAUGAAGGGACUCAAGCUGAAUCGGGCAGGCGGCCGCUGGAGCGUUACGGCUCCAUCUGUCAGCAAUCAGUCCGUCUACCCGGCGAUACGGGGCCCGCCACAGGACAAGAGCCAUCGCACAGUGGCCUACAGCCAUGUAUCUGUUGACACGAGUGUUGUUAACCCCGCCGCAUCUGCACGGAUCGACGCCUCGGGACGAGGAGGCCUGCAUCACGGGUCACACAUCGAUGUGGACCAGAGUUUCACCAACCGCCUUUCCACCGUGAGCGUUGCUGCUGAUGCGGUGCGGCAGGUCAGAAUGGGUGGUGUUGCUACCUCUAUGAUGGGGGAGGAUACGACGGCGUUGCCGCCAGUUAUUGUUGGUGGUGAUUCUAUUGGUGCGCUGGUGGAAGUGUCCCGCCGCGAUGAUGUUUCNCUUGAGGAGGAGGAUUGGCCGGUGCAUCCCGUCUGGGAUGAGGUGCUGGGGAUGGAGUCCCUUCUACGCCAGGUGAAGGUGGCGAUUUCCAACGCGCUGCGAGUUGCCUCACACACAUAA